GAUAGAGAACGAAACUUCCGCAACGACCCUGGUUUCCACCUCGCCUACCGCAAGAGAUUGAAUCUGCUCUUACCCAAAUGUUCCCACUAUUUUUGCGGGGAACCGAGUUGAACAAAUCAGCUCGAGAGAACUUCAGAGAGAUCAUGUUAGGCAGGCUCGGACCAGGACACGAAGAUUUAAAGGCAAAAUGAUUCCGACAUGGCCUCCUGGUUGUCGUAGACUGACACCAGGCGAAGGUUAUCUUGAGACUUUGAUCCAAGACCACGUCGGUGUCAUACAUGGCAAGAUUAUCAGGUUUACCGAAAAUAGACUCGUGACGGCAACCGGAGAAGAGCUGAAUUUUGAUAUCAUUGCGUAUGCCACGGGGUUGGCCAUCUCAUAUAUACCACAUAUUGGUAUUAUGGGAGAAAGGGAACGACGAUGCAGGAGGAAUGGUCUGAGACGCCAAACACCUAUCUGCGUAUUGUAGCACCAAAUUUCCAAAUUACUUCGUUGUAAUAGACCGACGCGGUAAUUGGGGACAAGGAUUUAGGUUACCUUCUGUA